AGGCGUGCUCCCACGCCCAGCUAAUUUUUUAAUUUUUCGUAGAGACAGAGUCUCGCCAUCUUGCCCAUGCUUGUCUCAAACUCCUGGGCUUAAGCAAUCCUUCUGCUUCUGUCUCCAAAAGUGCUGGGAUUACACUACUAAAGAUUUGUAAACAAAUGAAUAGAGAUGAAAGCAAAUUAAGUGAUAUGUGAAGUCUGGUGAGGCGAGCAAUAUCUUUCUUUUGGAGAAUUCUCGAGGCACCGGCUAAUGCUAUAUGCCUAUUCUUUUUUUUUUUUUUAUUUUUUUUUAUUUUUUUUUUUGAGACGGAGUCUCGCUCUUUCGCCCAGGCCGGACUGCAGUGGCGCCAUCUCGGCUCACUGCAACCUCCGCCUCCCGGGUUCACGCCAUUCUCCUGCCUCAGCCUCCCGAGUAGCUGGGACUACAGGCGCCCGCCACCUCGUCCGGCUAAUUUUUUGUAUUUUUAGUAGAGACGGGGUUUCACCGUGUUAGCCAGGAUGGUCUCGAUCUCCUGACCUCGUGAUCCGCCUGCCUCGGCCUCCCAAAGUGCUGGGAUUACAGGCGUCAGCCACCGCGCCCGGCCUGCUAUAUGCCUUGUCUUUAAUAAUUUGCCCUGAACCUUGCAGAGGAACCACUCCCUCGGACUCAGGACCAGAGCUAGGCUUUGGGAGGCGCCUAAGCACUGGGCUCGCCGGAUAUACGCAAGGGCGUGGGGCGGAGCUGUGGUAACCCAGGCAACAGCCCGGAAGCCGCAGGCUGGGUUAACCUGUGGCGCGCUCCGCGGUUCCGGCGCCUGAAGUUUUAGUUGCGGUGGCGGCGGCAGUCGGGACCGACUGCAAGAUGUCAUUUGUCAGAGUGAACCGCUGUGGUCCCCGAGUUGGUGUAAGAAAGACACCAAAAGUAAAGAAGAAGAAAACUUCAGUGAAACAAGAAUGGGAUAAUACUGUAACUGAUCUAACAGUUCAUCGGGCAACUCCUGAAGAUCUGGUACGCCGUCAUGAAAUACACAAAUCAAAGAAUAGAGCAUUAGUACAUUGGGAACUCCAAGAAAAAGCUUUGAAGAGAAAAUGGAGGAAGCAGAAACCAGAAACUUUAAAUCUUGAGAAAAGAAGGUUGUCUAUCAUGAAGGAGAUUCUUUCUGAUCAAUACCAGAUGCAAGAUAUGUUGGAGAAAUCUGAUCAUCUAAUAGCUGCAGCAAAAGAGCUGUUUCCUCGUAGGCGCACAGGGUUUCCAAAUAUAACAGUGGCUCCUGAUUCCUCUCAGGGUCCCAUUGUGGUAAAUCAAGACCCUAUCACCCAAUCUAUCUUUAAUGAGUCUGUCAUAGAACCUCAGGCUCUUAAUGAUGUAGAUGGUGAAGAAGAAGGAACUGUUAAUAGCCAAUCAGGAGAAAGUGAGAAUGAGAAUGAGUUGGAUAACUCUCUAAACUCUCAGUCUAACACAAAUACAGACAGGUUUCUCCAGCAACUAACGGAAGAGAAUUCUGAGUUAAUUCGUAAGUUGUGGACUGAUAUUCAGCAGAAAAUAGCAACCCAGACACAAAUAACUCCUCCAGGAACGCCAUCAUCUGCCCUUUCAUCAGGGGAACAAAGAGCUGCUCUGAAUGCUACCAAUGCUGUCAAGAGACUCCAAACCAGGCUUCAGCCUGAAGAAUCUACUGAGACUCUAGACUCAAGCUGUGUUGUGGGACACGUGCUGAACUCAAGGAAGCAAAAACAGCUGUUAAAUAAAGUGAAAAGAAAACCGAAUUUGCAUGCUCUUUCCAAGCCGAAGAAAAACAUGUUAUCAGGUAGCACAACCUCUGCAGACUUACCAAAUAGGACUAAUUCCAACCUGGAUGUCCUCAAACACAUGAUACAUGAAGUGGAACACGAAAUGGAAGAAUAUGAGCGGUGGACAGGUCGCGAGGUCAAGGGACUGCAGAGCAGUCAGGGUCUUACAGGCUUCACUUUGUCGCUGGUGAGCUCCCUCUGUCGCCUGGUUCGGUACCUUAAAGAGAGUGAGAUCCAGCUACGUAAAGAGGUAGAGACAAGACAACAACUGGAACAAGUAUUAGGUGAUCAUCGAGAGCUCAUUGAUGCUCUGACAGCUGAAAUUCUUCGUCUUAGAGAAGAAAAUGCUGCUACACAGGCAAGACUUCAGCAGUACAUGGUCACAACAGAUGAGCAACUGAUAUCACUCACACAUGCUAUUAAGAACUGUCCAGUGAUAAAUAACAGACAAGAAAUCCAGGCAUCAGAAAGGGGAGCCACAGGUAGAAGAGUUAUGGACAGUCCAGAGGGUCCAGUUGUAAAUGCCAAUGUCUCAGUGCCAUUGAUGUUCAGAGAGGAAGUGGUUGAAUUCCCACAGGAAGAGUUGCCUGUUAAACUGUCUCAGGUGCCAGACCCUCCAGAUAACAUGAAUCCGGCCAAGAAUUUUCCAGCACAUAUUUUUGAGCCAGCUGUGUUGUUAACACCACCCAGGCAGAAGAGCAACUUAAAAUUCUCUCCUCUUCAGGACGUAUUGAGAAGGACUGUUCAAACUCGUCCUGCUCCACGACUUCCUCCAACUGUGGAAAUAAUUGAGAAGGAACAAAAUUGGGAAGAGAAGACCUUACCUAUUGAUACAGACAUUCAGAAUUCAAGUGAAGAGAAUCGUGUCUUCAUUCAGAGAUGGAGAGUCUCUCAUAUGGGAGAAGAUUUGGAGAACAAAACUCAGGCUCCUUUUGUUAACCUCUCACAGCCCCUCUGCAAUUCCCAUUCCAACACUCAACAGUCAAGAAGCCCCACAUUCUCAGAAGAGCUCCCAGUACUGGGAGAUGGGCAGCAGCUGAGAACAAAUGAGUCAUUAAUACAAAGAAAGGACAUAAUGACACGAAUUGCUGAUUUGACAUUGCAGAAUUCAGCUAUCAAGGCACAUAUGAAUAAUAUUAUUGAGCCCAGAGGAGAGCAAGGAGAUGGACUCCGGGAGUUGAACAAACAGGAAAGUGCAAGUGACAUGACUUCUACUUUUCCAGUAGCACAGUCUCUAACACCAGGUAGUAUGGAGGAACGGAUUGCAGAAUUGAAUCGACAAAGUAUGGAGGCUCGUGGAAAACUACUGCAGUUGAUAGAGCAGCAGAAACUUGUUGGUUUGAAUCUUUCUCCACCAAUGUCACCUGUUCAGUUACCUCUCAGAGCAUGGACUGAAGGAGCAAAGAGUACAAUUGAGGUAUCUAUUCCAGGAGCAGAAGCCCCAGAAAGCUCAAAAUGUAGUACUGUCUCUCCUGUCAGCGGGAUAAAUACAAGGAGAUCUUCCGGGGCUACUAGUGAUUCUUGUUCUCCACUAAAUGCCACCUCAGGAAGUGGGAGAUUCACACCUCUUAAUCCAAGAGCAAAGAUUGAGAAACAGAAUGAAGAAGGCUGGUUUGCUCUUUCUGCCCAUGUAUCAUAAGUGAAGUCAAGUCUCGCUGAGUUUGUUCUUAAUAAUUUAUUACUCCCCUUUCCCUGCUCUGACUUUUAUAUCCUUUCAGAUAAAACCUACAAAGAUCCUGUGAAUUAGUACUAAUGAAACAGAGAAAGAAAGCAAUUAUUUUUUGACUUUCUCAAAUAAGUUUUCAACAACCAGCUGACCUAUAGCUCCCGGUGAAUGAAAUUUUGACUGUAGAGAAGUUAAAGUUUUGUAUUUUAAUACUUUCUUAAGUAUUUUAAGGGUCUUUUUUUGAUUAAUACAUUUUUACCUUUAUCUUUAUUCAGGGUUUUUUGAGGUUUAGUGUAUCUUAGUUGAUCCAUUUAUUUAUUUAUUUUCCUGAAGAACUAAUUUGCUUGCAUGUAACUUAUAAUAAAAUUCCUCUAUGUGAUUAGAAUCUGGCUUUCAGGAAAAUGUAACACCCACUUUUCUUUCUUUUUUCUUGGGAAGUCAUUGCUGUUCAUCAUUUUUUCCAUCAAGUGAAAUAUACAGCCUUAAAAAAAAUAGGCCUGGGAGUGUUUGUUUAUAUUUACUUAAGCAGGUAAGAGUGGUUGCAUUUAUUAUAAAAUCUUAUGUGGUUUUUAAAUGUGAAAAUGCCAUCAAUAAUGGUAAUGCAAAUCAAAUAAAUAUGAUUCUAGAGUUCAAA